CGCGAUGAGCGUGCGCGGCGAGUGUGCGCGGCGGGACGUGGGUAAGAAGGACGACGGGUGGGGCGAGGAGGCGGACGAGGCGGACGAGGCGGCGGCGACGGCGCAGGGCGAGCCACGGCGGACACUGACACUGACACUGACGCGGACGUGGACACGGACACGGACACGGACACAGCGCGAGCGGGGAUGGACGCGGGAAGGGCAGGCGGAGGGAGACGGCGACGGCGGGGUCCGCACGCGCGCUGUGCUGGCGGACGGGCUCGACGGGGGUCCUGGGCUGCAGUCGGGCCGGUCGAUAAUGCACGUCGUCUGAAGCCAAAAGCGCGGGAAGCGCGGGAACGGCGCGCGCGCAAAGUAAGCCCGCGUCGCGGCCCCCUCGCGCGAGGGCGAGGGUGAGCGCGCGCGGGCGUGGACGAUGGAAAAGCACAGAGCGGGGCGCCCCGCGGGUCGGUGCGCGGCGUCGGCGAGUCUCAGUUCGGGCGGGGCGCCGUCUUUUUGUUCGCGAGGGGGGCUCGAGGGCUCUCCCGCAUCGACAUCGAUCGUGGCCCCGCGAGCGUCGAUUCGUGCGCUCUCGAGGGCGGGCGCGCCGAGACGAGCGAGGUGCGCCGUGCCCUGCCCGUGCCCGUGCCGCACGAUUUUGCGCGCAAUGGAUACUUUACAGUCUACAGACUGCGCGGCCCCGCCAGAUUUCACGGCCCCUCUCCCCACCCGGCCGCGCGCUGUCGGAAGGAUCGGACUCGGAGGAGGCCGACGCGCCGCCCGCGAUAUCCCACCCUCCUUUGAUCUAUUUGCGGGCUCAGGCUCAGGCUCAGGCUCAGGCAUGUGCAUGUGCGUGCGCACGGACGCGGUCGGACGCCUACGCGUACAUUAGAAUCUCACUAUACAUAGAUCGUCGCAAUGAGAACGUCUGCUCGAGCGGUUCAGAAGCCCUCGUAACAAGCCGUC